AUGCAGAUCAUGGCUGUCGAUUUGGGUGACAGGAUGGAGCUUGCUUCACAUCAAGGCCCGCGCCCCGGCUCUGCCAAAAAGAUUGGUCGCUUCCCCUCGCCUUGGGCUUACAACACUUCGUGGAUGUCUGGCUGGAUUUUGGCAAUCGUUCUGGUUGCUUACACUUGUCAUAAAUUCAAAAUGAUGUCAGGUCCAAUACACGCUCAGCUGCACGAUAUCCAUGAGAUGAUGGUGCAAAGGACCAAGCUUCACUUUGACUCGCCAGAAUUUCGAACGCUGUCUGCGGGAAUCCAAGAUGGGUUUCAGCACUUCUAUACCCAAAUGGCGAAACGUAAAACUGUCAUAUUAGGAUGGGUUACGGGUUGGAUGGCUCUUGGAAUCCUGCUAGUAUUGUUUUACAUCUUCAUCAUGCAAUUGCUAGUCCGAAAGAUCGGAAAGGUCUUGAGGUUAUGUGAAGCCGAACAUCUUACCUUCUUAAACCAGACGUGCGAUCAAGACUUUCAAGCUGAAAAACUGGAGAUUGUUGAAAAAUCACUAGUCCCCCUUCAAGCGCUGCGACAGGAACUGCGCCUUUUGAUGUUCUUUAGUUUUUCCGUAAUGAUGGUGUUGUUGGCAGAGGUCUCCAUUUGCGCUUAUCGGUUCUGGUCAAUCAAGAGGGGACAUUUCUCCGCAUUUAUGAUAGAAUUCACAUUGGUUUCUGCGAUGAUACCCAGCGUGUUCAUGUCCCCCGUUCUUCUGGUUCAGUGUUGGACAGGCUUGAUAUCGUAUGCUCCAGCCCACGAUGCGCAUGAGACUCAAGAUAAUCAGCAGACGGACCGUACCCAUGGAAUAGAGAUGGGGCGCAGCAAAAAGGGAGGAUGGAGUAAUCUUAUUGACCAACACACCGCAGAAGCCUCGUCACAAGUCUCGACAAAAUUCCAAUUACCAGCAUUUUAUCAAAAGUUAUUCUGGUGGUAUGCCAAUCCUGAUACAGAUGAUAUAGAUUGCUUACACAUUCAAUCCAAUUACCCUCCAUCAACGGUGCAAAUGUCUACGGCUUCCCUGGUUUCAAUAGAUCCCGAAAGCAAUCGACUACAAUUACAAUCCAUACAGCUUUCCGAACUUCCUGAUUCUCAUCACCACUAG